AUGGGAAAAAUCGUACAUAUCGUAUUAUGGAAACUUAAAGGUCCAGUAUCCAAUCAUGAAGCAGCUAAAAAAGCUAUAGGUGCAUUAUUGAAAGUUCCUGGACCUGAAAAGGCGACCCUUGGUCCUCCUUUACUUGAUGCUAGAGCCAAAGGUUUCGAUUAUGGCCUUUACUCAAUCUUCUCAUCGGCUGAAGCACUUCAAACCUACGCCGUAUCAGAAGCUCACGUCUCAGUAGUCACAAACAAUGUCAAACCAAAUGUAGAUGAGCUCUUGGCCUAUGAUUUCGAGCUUGAUGAGUGA